GCGGGGCGCCCGGCCCGGCCAGACAAAGCGCGGGGCGCCGUGGCCCACGUGGCGGACACCUGCCCCGGGGAGCCCCGACUCACCUGCCUGGCCUGGACGAAGCUGCCUGGUUCCCCGGUGCUGGCGCCGAGCAGCCCAGAGCGCCGGCCGGCCGGGCCUGGGGAUCGACCGACGCCCGCAGCCGGGGCCUGAGCCGCUGGGCUGGAGCCGGAGGAGGAAUGAGUGCUGUGCCUGCGACGGGACCCAGGACAGGUGCUCCCGGAUUUAAGGGAGGACACAGCUCCCGCUGGUCAGCUGGGAGUCUGCCCCUCCCGUGUUCUCACUGAAGGCCUGUUACACUGCCAGGGUCGAGGUGUCCCUUCAGCAAUGCAGCAUCUGUGACAGCCCUUUCUUUGUCACCGCCAUGGCGCAGGCGCCUCGCAACUUCCACAUAGUUGGAGCGUGCUGAAUAUUGCGCAUAGCCUACGUUCGAUGACUUUGGUACAUUGAUUACGCUGGUUGUGUCUGUCAGGCCAGGGUUAGGUCAAAAGAGCAGGCAUCUCUUACGUGGGGCCAGUGAGCUCCCCCAGGCCACUUGCCCGCUACACCCAGUUUGUGUUCGGCAGUUGUGCUGGUUGGAAGGAGUUGGCGACAUGCGGGAGACUGGACUCAGGUCGCUGCCGGACGACUUGCUCCAGCUGUCGGGUUCUGUGGCUGCGUGCUAGCACUCAGGACUUCCUCUGGUGCUGGCGCCUGGGCUCAGCUGCAUGGCUUGGGGGACCGAGACGUGAGCCAGGGGCAGACACAGUGGGACUUCCUGCUCAGCUCUGGCUGUUGCGUGGCACCAGCCUUGGCAAGAGCCUUCUGAGUCAAGAAAUCAAUCCCACGGCAGCACCCAAUGGACUACUACAUCCUUGGCCACCAGGAAAGCUAAUGCCCUCCUGGGACGUAUCCAGGGAGGUAGUCGGCACUGUGCAAGGCACAGCAAUUCUUGUGUGGAGCGCUGCGUGCAGUUCUGGUCGCCUGCGUGCCCACGUUAAGAAAAAAAGAAUCCCGUCUGGAACAGGUGCAGAGAAGGGCUGCGCGGAGGAUGAGGGGACUCAUGACCCUGUCUCACAAGAGGGGCCUGAAUAAAGUCUGGCUUGUUAAACCUAGGAAAACAGAGCUUGUGUUUGCCCCCCAAAAAGAGAAGGGUGCAACACCAGGGAGGGAGAAGACAGGACAACCCUGCCCACAAGAAUAUAAACUGGCAGCAGGGCUGGAAAUGAGGAGAAGGUUUCCAACCCUCAGGAGUGGGGGUCUAGAAGAGCUUUCCAGGAAGAGCAGCCAAGGGAAAACCCUAACUAGCUUCAAGCUCUUCUGAUUACAACAUGCCUUUAGAAACUAGUGGCAUCUCUCCGAUCCUGCAACCUGGAAAUGUUCAGCUUAAGUUACUUCAAAGAGUGUCCUUUGACCAGGAGUCACGCGUUGCUUUAGGGGAUAUGCUACUUGCAGAUGCGACCUCGGAAACAGCUGCACGCUUCAGACGGAGGGAGAACGGGAGCCAUCCAGCGCAGAGAGGAAGAGGAAACAAGCCCACCUUUCUGAGGCCUAGUGCUGGAGGAGGCGUGCGGCAAGCAGGGCUUCAGCGCCCGCGACUACGGCCUCAAGUUUCAGAGGACGGUGCUGGACCUGUCCGUGCAGUGGAGGUUUGCCAAGCUGCCCAACAAUGCCAAGCUGGAGAUGGUGCCGGUGUCUUGUCAGCGAGCAGACACGGAAGACACGGUGCGGAUUGCACUGCAGCUGGAUGACGGCUCCCGUUUGCAGGACACCUUUCACUCUAGUCAGACCCUGUGGGCCCUCCUCCAGCACUUUACACAAAGCAGGGAGUUUGUGGAACAGCCCCGUGACUCUUCCCCAGUCUGUAUUUACAUGCGAGAUGAGAUAGCAGGGAGGGAUGCCCUGGAGAAGACAACACUGAAACUGCUUGGCCUGACUGGAGGCAGCGCCAUUAUCAGGGUUGUCAUGAAGAAGCACAGUUCAUCUGGCCAGGAGGAGGCUGUGGACGCUGCAGCCCAAGCAAAUGAGCCUCCACGGAGGUCAGUCUGCACUGAAGGAGCUGUGGAUCUGCCUCUACUUCAAACAAACACGUUCCCAAAGGACUUGGACCACAGAGAUGUGUCUGCCUCCUUAAAGAGCUGUACAGAUGAGCAGCCCAAUGCCUUGGCCAGCUCAGGGGGGCUGCAGGCUGCCGCAGCACCUGUCCCCUUCGUCCCUUUCUCUGGAGGUGGGCAGUGUCUUGGAGAGUCUCCUGCAGCUGCAGCAGUUCCAGUGUCAGACAUGCCAUCUUCAAAGCUGCCAACAUCUCUCUGUAGUCCUGGAGGCCCUUCUAAGCCAAAAAAGACCAAGACUAGCCAGGGACAGCCAAAGGAACAUGAGCAGCUGCUGGAGCGGGAGCCGGUCGUGUGCCACCUAGACCUGCAGCCAGCACUGCCUCCUGGCCCAAAGGACUUUCCUGACGAGUUCUUCGAAGUCACGGUGGACGACGUGCGGAAGCGCUUGUCCCAGCUGCAGAGCGAGAGGAAACGCCUGGAAGAGACUCCCUUAAUGACAAAGUCCAUGAGGGAAGCUCAGAUGAAGGAGAAGCUGGAGCGUUACCCAAAGGUGGUGCUGCGGGUUCACUUCCCAGACCGCUAUGUUCUGCAAGGUUUCUUCCGCCCCAGUGAAACAGUUGGUGACCUGAGAGGCUUUGUGAGAAGCCACCUUGCAGAUGCAGAGCUGCCAUUCUACCUGUUUAUUACACCUCCUAGGACCAUCCUGAGUGAUGAGAGCUUGACCCUGUUUGAGGCAAACCUCUUCCCAGCUGCUCUCGUUCACUUUGGAUCUGAGGAGCGCAAAGACUGUUUCUUGAGACCAGACCUGCUGGAAUCUGCUGUAUCCCCUUCUGCAGCUGACUUGUUAGUAGCCAGAUGUCUGUCCAAAUCUCUCGUUCCUUCUGCGCCAUCAGCUUCAGUAGCAGCUGCUCCCCUGCCAGCCGGGCCGGAGGAGACCACGGAUGAGAGAGGGGCUGCAGAGCAUCCAGAGCCAGCAGGAGCCUCUGUAGCCCCACAGCCAGUGAGAAGGGCCCCUGGGAAAGUGCCAAAGUGGUUGAAACUGCCAGGUGGGAAGAGAUGAAGGACUUGGGCCCCUUGACUGGACUGAAGCAGCAGAAGGUGUUGUGCUUCUUUCUACGGGAGCUGCUUCAGUCUCGGUGAGAAGUGGUUGUUGGAUCUGGAGAGACUGGACCUACCCAUGUUGUUUCUGAAUAAAGCAGUGCUAUUUCCUGUGA